AUGGUUCGCCAGGCUACUGGACCAAAUGAACACCCAACAUCACCUACGUUUUUACAAGUGUAUAAACUUCUAUCAAUAUCUUCAAUAUUGAAACCUCCCAAAACAGGAAACUGCCAGAUUCUUGAUUCAACAACGCCUAAAAUAACAUUGACUGAUUUAAAAGAAUUAUCUAAAAGCAAUCUAUCAGAAAGGCAACAAAAAAUAGAAAAAUUAAAAGAAAAAAUAAAUAACAUUAUUGAUGAAGAUGAUGAAUGUGAUCCGUUAGAUGCUGCAGUUGUUGAUAUUAUACCAGAUCAUAACUAUUGUGAAAUUCAAAAAGCUACAGCUAAAGAAUGUGUUAUAUAUUAUAUAUGUGGUUUUAUGUGCCGUCAAAUAGUUCUUAAAAGAACUAAAUGUUUAAAUUGUCUUUCUGCUUUAAAGGGAUCUGAUACAAGACCAGAGGCAGCUUUAACAAAUUUGAAAUCUAAAGGAUUCUUGAUACAUCCAAAUUAUACAGUUUUUACAUUAGUUUCAGCAAUUGAAGAAGGCUUUGUACAAUACUGUGAUGUUCCUGAGGUGUUUGAUAAGACUGUAAAUUUUUUAUUACAACAUCAUCAGAAAUUACUAAAAUUUCCUUGUGUAGAACACGAAAGUGAAAUGCUUACUUCCAUAGUUCAUUUCUACAUUACAAUGCGGAUGAAGCAGUACACUAGGAAUCUGAACAGAGAAACAAAAAAACUAAGUUCUAAGAAAAAAAAACUAUCAAAACUUUUAAUUCAUUAA